CAUGAAGCGAGAGCCAGGAGAAAGAAAGAAAACUUGUAUUAAACUUGUAAUUUUGAAUUGUAAAAUUACAAAAGGAUACUCAUCGAUUAAUUGAAUGGGCAAAACUCUGGCAAAUGGAUUUCAGUGUUGGCUAAUGUGAGAUCACAGUGGAAGAAUAAAUUGGAGACGCAUCAUGGCGAGCGAUGUCAUCAUGUUGAUGAGGGGCCUAGCCAAGCUGAGCCAGGCCAUCGUUGAAACCCAGACUAUGCAGAUGCGUGUUGCAGCGUCGAGUGGGGAAGCAAUGGCAGUGGCCAGGGACUGGCAGGCAUCUGCUGAAGAUGCUAUCGGUGCAGCAGUAGGAAAGGUGCAGGAUGUUGUGACGCAGCAAGAGAACCUCUCAGAACUAGACGAGGAUUUUGCUUCGAAGUGGAGCCUCAACGGCGAAGCUCCCGAGGGGUCAGCACAAGACCUCGUUGCGGACGCCCGCCAGCACCAGGAGGCUGUUGACCCUGCAGCCUUUGACCCAGCAUCUCCCGAGAAAGAAGCCGGGCUCUUCACUGGACACUCCAGGGACUCGAGCACACCCUUCUCAUCCGGGGCCCAGAGGCGGUCCUUCCAUCAAGACCACCGCUCUGUCAGCGGGCUUACAGCUGAAGAUAUCGACAAGGCCCGAGAGGCCAAAGUGACUCCCACAGACAAACCUUACAGACAAAUGCUGAGUGAGCGGGCACGUGAACGCAAAGUGCCAUCCACUAGAAUCGGUCGGCUGGCCAAUUUUGGAGGUUUGGCUGUUGGUCUUGGAAUUGGAGCCUUAGCAGAAGUUGCCAAGAAGACAUGGAGGCCUGAGGAACGUGAGGCAGGUGGGAAAGCGAUUUUGGAUGGCAGUCCCUUCUUGUCAGAAGCUAAUGCUGAGAGGAUUGUGAACACUCUGUGCAAGGUGCGAGGUGCUGCUCUCAAACUGGGUCAGAUGCUCAGCAUUCAAGAUGAUGCCUUCAUCAAUCCUCAGCUACAGAAGAUUUUUGAACGUGCUCGACAGAGUGCUGACUUCAUGCCCAGCAAACAGAUGAUGAAGGUGCUGAGCAGUGACCUGGGGCCCAACUGGAAAGAUCAGCUGGAGUUUUUUGAAGACCGACCAUUUGCUGCUGCUUCCAUUGGCCAGGUUCACCUGGCAAAGCUGAAUGAUGGAAGGGAAGUGGCCAUGAAGAUUCAGUAUCCCGGAGUCGCUCAGAGCAUCACCAGUGAUGUGGCCAACCUGAUAACAGUAAUGAACAUGAGCAAUGCCUUACCUGAAGGUCUGUUUCCUGAGCAUAUGAUCGAAGUCAUGAGCCGUGAGCUUUCGUUGGAAUGUGAUUAUGAAAGGGAGGCAGCCUGUUACAAGCAGUUCAGGGAGCUGGUGAAGGACGAUGCUUUCUUCUAUGUGCCGCGUGUUAUCGACCAUCUGAGCAGCAAGCACAUCCUCACCACAGAGCUGGUGCCCGGCUUCCCACUAGACAAAGCAGAGGAACUGAACCAAGAGACCAGAAACCAAAUCAGUGAGAACAUCCUGAGACUCUGUCUGCAAGAACUCUUUGAAUUCCGUUUCAUGCAGACUGACCCAAAUUGGUCCAAUUUCUUCUACAAUCCGCACACUGGCAAGGUAGCCUUACUGGACUUUGGAGCCACAAGAGGGUUUGAUGAAGAUUUUACUGACACUUACAUUGAGAUUGUGCGCUCUGCAGCCAAUGGAGACAGAGCACAGGUGCUGAGAAAAUCGAUUGAUAUGAAGUUUCUCACUGGCUAUGAAACGAAGGUUAUGCAAAAUGCCCAUAUUGAUGCAGUGAUGAUCCUUGGCGAGGCCUUUUCCUCAACAGUGCCCUUUGACUUUGGACAUCAGAGCACCACCAAGAGGAUCCACAGUCUGAUCCCCAUCAUGCUGCAACAUAGACUAGUCCCUCCUCCAGAGGAGACCUAUUCCCUCCACCGCAAGAUGGCUGGUUCAUUCCUUAUCUGCAGCAAGCUCAAUGCACAGAUCCCCUGCAAGCACUUGUUUGAGGAGGCCUACAAUAAGUACUGGAGCAGGAAGGCUAAGCAAGGAGGCACCAGCCCGUAACAUGGAAUGGCCUGGCUGUAGGAAGAUCAGAGACUGGAGAGAGGUGAAGGGAGGCACGGGGAGUGGAAGAUGCCUAUGAACUAACCACCUUACUGUGUUUCUUUUUUUAAAAGUCUCACUUCCUGUUUAAAGGAAUUGUGGGUUCCACUGAACACAGGAUUGGAGUAACCAGGCGUGUUCUUUAGUGGCAAAAAAGGAAUUAUAUUUGGGAAAAGUUUCUACUUCCCCCUAAGGAGGGGAUAUUUGAGAGAUUUUACUGUACUGAUUAAUUAAAAAUAAUUUGAAUUUGUACCAUAUUAAAGUGAAUUAGUGAGGAAAUAAUGAAUGAUUGAAUUACUUUAGAAAUGAUCUGCGACCAGUUUCUUUUUGUAUACCUGUCAUGAUGAUUCAAUUAAAGAAAUCACGUUUGUGAUCA